AUGGCCGAGUUCACGCGCCAGCGGGGCAAGCGGCAGGAGGACGGCGGGCUGGGCAGCGUCCUCGACCUGCUGUUGGCCAACGCCAGGCUGGUGCUGGGCGUCAGCGGCGCGGCCGUGCUCGCCAUCGCCACGCUGGCCGUCAAGCGGCUGAUAGACCGAGCCACCAGCCCUCGCGACGAAGGCGAUCCCAAAGCUGAGCAGAAAACCCUGGAGGAGAGCUGGCAGGACUUGGCCUUGAUCAAGGCAACACCAAAACCCCCUGCGAAGCAGAGGAGGGAAGACCUCAGCGAGCCUCUGCUCUCUCCGGCUCGGCCGCCGGCACCAGAGCCCAGGGUCUGCUCUCCCCCUCCGGAGGCUCCUCGGGUUGAAUCCAGCCCUCCGCGCUGCCUCACGCUGCAGGAGAAGCUCCUCUCGCACUACAGCAGCCGGCUGGCCGUGCCCGAGGCGCAAGCGUCUCUCGCCCCGCAGCUGGCCAGGAGCAUCUGCGCCCAACUGCAGAACUUCCUGCGGAUCAAGUGCCCGGAGCUGCCCUUCGGCAGCCUCUUCCUCAGCAGUCCCCUGCUCGAUGGCCUCGAGGCUCUGGCAGCCGACCACCUCCACCUCAUGCUGCCGGUGGUCCUCGACACCGCGCUGUGGAGCCUCAUCCCGGGAGAGGACACCGUGGCGAGGAACCCCCAAUACUGGAUGAUCAAGAGGACUGAUCUGGAGUAUUUCCCUCGCGGGCGCAGCCCCUGGGACAGGUUCAUCGUGGGCCGGUACCUCUCCUCCAACGCGCUCAAUGAGACCCUCCACAAGAUGCUGGUGGCCUCCAUCAACUGGCCUGCCAUAGGCAGCCUGCUGGGGAGCGUCAUCCACCCGGUUGUGGCUUCCCAGGAGCUGAAGCUGGAAGUCAAACACGAUCAGGUCGAGCUGAGCAUCGCCCUCUUCCCGGUGGUGGAAAUGGAGGACAAGGUUCUUCUGGCUGCUCCUCCUGAAGGACCGGUGGAAAAUCUCUGGCUUGAGAGCUUUUACAGGGCAGAGGUCUCGAAGGUGAAGGAGCUGGAUGCCGGUGACUCCGGGGCUCGGCAGCAAUGCCUCCGCAUCCUGAACGGCGUCUGCAAGAGCCAUCCUGCCCUGCACAAACUGAGCGGCAGCCCCUUGACCCACGUCGUCCUUCACCUCAGUGCCACCAGUUCGGACUGGGCAGAAGAAAGCCUUGCUGACAGGUUCCAGCAGGUGCUUGAGGAGCUGGUAGGCUACCUGGAGAAAGGGGUUCUGCCUUCUUAUUUCAACCACAAAAUCAACCUCUUCUGCGAGCUGUUGGAAGAGGAAAUCGAUGAGAUGGGCUUCAUGCUCUACAGGGCCAUAUCUGAGCCGGAGCUCCUGCUGAAGGAGAAAUGACCGGUGCGUUGGGAGCUCCCGAACGUAGGGUGUUCCUCGCCUGUCUGCUGCUCCCCGCUGUGAGGGUUGCGAUGCUUCUAGUUGACUAGUCAGUAAGAGGCAAAGUUCUUGCACUUUAUGAGAAAAAAAUAUUUCCUGUCUGAAUAAAACGUGCCUGAGCAGAGGUGGGUGUUGGCGUAAGGAGCCUUUGGCUGGGAGGCUCUGCCAAACCCAAGGCGAGUGCAGCCUACACCUUGAGUACCUACAGGUGAGUCCUGUCCGCUGGGCGUUGGGAGCCGACGUGAAGCAUGUCUGGUCUCUGGUUCCCAGUGUCCUCUGCUUGUGCCAGCCUGCUGUCACAGCUGUCAGGCUCCCCUCGUGCUCCGAGACCAGCUAGAGCUGGAGGGGAGCAGUUCCUUGCUGCUGCUGUGUCCUGCAGACCCCACAGGUGCAGUGUCCUGGGUGCUGGGUGGGUCCUUUCACCAGCACCCAACUUGGUCUUACUGUGCCAUGCCCUCAAGCUAGCUCUUGGGACAGGGUGGGAGCCUCAUCCGUCUGUAGGAUAUUGCCAAACUGAAAUAAGGCCCCAGUGAUGACCUGGGUGGUUGUCCGGGCACUUGGAGGUUACAGCCAUAGCAAAUGGGGGCUGCGGGUUUAUUCUUUGGAAACCCUUUCAGCUGCCAGAAGGAGCGAGCUCAGCCCUACCUCUUCAUUCUGCCAGUAUCGGCUCUGCCCCGAGGGACGGGCGUGCUUCCAGCACCGGUGCUGGGGCUUCGUGGCCCUUGUCCCACAGCGGUGUUUUGCUGGAAGAUGUCCCGAAAAAGGAAGCGGCAGGAAGAGAGCUGCUGACUCCCGGGAGGCUCCUGGUAUCGGUCCCUUGGUGGAGGCUGCGGCAGGGCUGUACACCCCUGCCUCGGCGGGUGGGUUGCUGCCAGCGUUCGUCUGCGGGUACUCGCUGCUCUGCAACGAACCACGGCAUCCCCUUCCAGUCUGUCCAGUGACCCUUUCACACGGGUGUUGCUGCUGUCUUGAGGUCCUGUUCCCCUGGAGCCCCAUGGUAUGGGGCAGGAAAGGGGGACAGGAAUGAUGCUCUGAGCAGAGCGCUUGCAAGAACUGAAGUGGUUUAUGCUUUUUAUUAAGAAGGUAUGUUUUGUUUGGGUGUUUUGUUUUGUUUUUUUUCCUUUGAGUGGCUGCUAGUAGGCUUUGAUUCUGGCUGUAGUCCCAGGGCAAAGGAAUAUAUUCUAUUUAAUGGGAAGAGCUGGUUUUGCACACUGGUGGAGAUGGAGAAAUCCUGUGGACUUCAAUGUGAGCAGCUGUUGUGGUUUAGUUUUCUUUACAGCUAUCAUCUUGUUUAAGAGAGGGGAAAAAAAAAAAAAUCUGUGCUUUUCCUCCCAGUCUGAAGAUUACUUACUUUGUUCCUCCAAACCACUUCCCAGGUGUUAGCAAAGAGAAUAAACCUUCCCUGUGUA